AUGUCGGAAGAGAGCCACUUGCUUCCACAGACCAGCCAAAGAGAGGCCAGCAUUCCGGGCUUCGGCGUGAAGGUCAUUGGGGGAGUAAGCGUGGGGCUCCUGGGCUGUGGCCUCGUCCUCGCCGCCUACUUGAACUUCGGCUCCGUCCAGCAGGAGGUGGCCCCAGGAAGGGAGCUGUAUCACGUGAGCCACGUGAGCCACGUGAGCUACGUCGAUGACGAG